AGCAAACAAGACAGGACUUGCAUGGACCAACACUACUGAACAGAAUCUCUCGCACUAAGAUCAUGCGAUAUUCAAUUAAUUUAAUUAAUAUAGAAACUUCUCUCACUUGUUCUUGUCAACUGUUUUACGGAGGAAAAAUGCAAAUCGAUAUGUUGAAAAUAACGAACCAAUAAUGAAUUAACCUAGGCGACAAGUUCUUAAGGGUUGUCGUUUACAAUGUCCUCUGAAGACCACGAUGAUGAAGAGGGGGGAUACCAGAGCCCUGAAGAGGUUUUAUCCAACGAGGCUCAUAUCUACAGGAUAAGAUUCUCUGCUGCUAAACACGUGGAGGUGGAGUUUUGUAAAAAAGAGGACACAAACAAGAAGAGACAAUCACCGGGCCGCUCUGGGAACCACUUGGGGAGAGUGAAACGAGUGGUGUCCUGCAAGAGGAAGACCCACCACCCGCUCACCGUCAGCUCAGGGGGUCGGAGGAAGUCUCACUCGACAGGGAAGCACCUGGACACGGACGGCAGCAACAGCAGCAGGGACGAGGACCAUCCUGAGGACAUGCAAGAGCUCUGGGGGACACCGCAGCGGGGGGAUCAAGAGCCCAAGAUGAAGACUGAAGAAAUCUCCAAGUAUGGAGACUACUUCAAAGAGUUGUCUCAAGACCACAGGAUGAUGAUGCAAGUGCUUUCUGGAAGACACCUGCAGCUCAAGUUAGCAUCCAGUUUGUGGAGAAAAGGUGCUGGGGAAUUACUGACAUAUUUAUUAAGGCUUGAAGACACAAGCUUGCUCGUCGACUGCCUACCCAUGAUAACAAAACGCCUUCAAGAUGAGUCAUCAGACAUCACCAUUGGCUACUGUGUGGAUCUCCUACCUUUGGUGAAGAGUGCCCUCAGGAGUCCAUUUGAAGAUUACCUGAUGGUGGGUUGGAGCUGGGUGCAAUCUGUCCUGAACAAAUGGUGGCCACAAUUAACGGGACAGGAUGAUCAAGCAUGUGACACAUAUUGUUCUGAUAGAAAUAUCUAUAUCAUAAAGCACCAACUACAAGAUCUGCGGGAACAAGCGUCCCAUUGCUGUUCACUCUCAGGAAGAACCGGUAAAAUAGCAAAGAGUGUACAGGCAUGCUUGUUUCAAUUGCCUUGACGAUGCUGAUGCAGAGGUGGCUCGAACCAAACCUCACACGACUGCAGACGUGAAUUCACAUCACCCAGCGGUUGUCAAACCUAAUUUAACCAGAAUACACUUGACUUUUGCUUCGAAAGAAUCUGAGUAGCUGACUGAUUGUGAAUGUUAUUGUUAUUGUGACUAAGAAUUAUAUUUUGUAAUUAUGCCUUUCUGUUGACUCAGACAUGACACAUCAUGAAUCCAAAUAGUAGCCUAUAUUUAUCAAUAAUGUCAUGGUGUCAUAGUAUACUGAAUGGGUGACUAGCAUCAAAAUCAGUGAAAAACGACUUGAAAGGUAUUUAAAUGUGAGACACAAGAUAAAUAUGUUAAUGUGAAUUAUAACUUGCUAAUAAAGUAAUAAAAAAGUUUUAAAAAA